AUGCCGAGAAGUCCUCCCGGGGCUCCGGCAGUGCUACUUUGGGGGGCCUACGAUGUGACAGCCCUUGCUACCUCCUCCCUUCCAGGCUUCAUCCAGACCCUAAAGGACCACAUUACCAAGCCCACCGCCAUGGCCCAAGGAUGCGUGGCCCAUCUCAUGGAGUGGAAGGGCUGGAGGGCGCCCCCCACUGAAGAGAUGCUCUAUGAGGAGCUGACUGACCAGCUGAAGGAGGCUCGGUUUCUCUCCGGCCCCUCUCCAGGUGUGGCCGAGCAGUUUGCCAUCAUGGAAGCCACCCUGAGCGGCUGGCCCUCCCUGAACGAAGAGGAGCUGAGCUCCAGGGCAGGCUCGCAGGAGGUGAUCCAGCUCCAAGCCUCCGGACCUUUGCGCUCUCCAACCAGGAGCCCCCCCAUCCCAAGCAGACCCCUGGAAGCGGAGCAGGGCGGCUUGGGAAGGGCAGAAGGGGAGCUGGUGGGCCCACCCAGCUCCUGUAGAUGGCAGCAGAGGGCCACGUCUCUGCACGACGUGGACAACAGCUCUUCCUCAGAGGACGAGGUCUUCUACGACUAG